GGGUGUGGGCAGCUAACGACAGCAACUCUCCCCCAGCACUUUCACAUGUUUUUGUUACUACAAAAACGGAGGGAAACAAUAGAAAAUUUGCUGAAAAGACGUCCCCUCCAUCACUCGGCCACUCCCUUCACACAUACUUCUCCCCUUCUCCAUUCCUCUCCUCUUUACGGGGCAUCAUCUUCCUUCGCUCGUUCUUGCUUGACAAGACGGGAACUUUAGCUUAGCCCUUCGAGAGAUUCUCUUCUGAGUUCGUAUAGAUGGUGAAUCCCAAAUCAAGAACCGGGGUGAGCGCGCCCUGCGACUUCUGCAGUGAGCGAGCUGCUGUUCUCUACUGCCGGGCUGACUCCGCAAAGCUCUGUCUUUUCUGUGACCAGCAUGUCCACUCCGCAAACUUGCUAUCUCGCAAGCACACGCGGUCACAGAUCUGCGACAACUGCAGUGCGGAACCGGUCUCUGUCCGCUGCUCGACGGACAACUUGGUGCUUUGUCACGAGUGUGAUUGGGAUGCCCAUGGCAGCUGCCCUGUGUCUGCCUCACAUGAUCGCACGCCAGUGGAGGGAUUCUCAGGCUGCCCUUCCGCGCCUGAGCUGGCAGCUCUCUGGGGCCUGGAUUUGGAAAAGAAGAAGCCCAGUCCGACUGGCCAGAUGAACCCCUUGAUGCCGAACGUGGUCUAUGGGUUUCAGGACUCGAUCGUACCGACUAACAACCCGUUGAUUUUCUCCAAUAUGAGCUGUGGAGAGAUUUUGAAUGCCUCGAAGAGGCAGGACCCCGGCACUGGGAGGUCUAAGCGGGUCAUUCAUGAGCAGUUGCUGGAGCUGCUUAAGCAGGACGUAGUUAGUGGUGCUGGCGGUGGCAAUGAUAAUGGCGAAGGCGGUGGCGGAGAAAAUAUGGUCCCAGGGACGCCCAAUAUAAAUGCUUGGGAAGGGAAUAUUGAUGGGAGUGGCGCUGGCGUAUUUGGUGAUGGUGCGAGCAACACCGCUGUGGGUACUGUUCCUUCACAGAUGUUGCAACAACAGGGGAUAUUCACGUCAUUACUGAUGUUGCCGGGGCCAAUGGAUUUGAAGGAGAGUACUGAGGGAAACACCCAAUGGGAGAGUAAUCCCAGUAGGACUGCUCAGAUAUGGGAUUUUAAUUUGGGACAGCUGAGGGAUCAUGAAGAACCUGGUCUGUUAGAAGUCGGAUAUGUUACAAAUGAUACAGGCUUUACCAUCAAGAGUUAUGGCGAACUCUUGAAAGAGUCAUCGUUUACGAGCACAAAAGUUCUGGAAGAUAUGUACCAAUUUAACUGCUCCUUGGCUCACGAGGAUGUGACAUCCUUCAUCCAGCAGAACAAGCACCCCGCAGCUAGUCAAGGACCGGCAACUUCCGAGAGCAACAACUUGCCCAUCCCAAGGACAUCCCCCAAUGCCAUCCCUGUUAAGCCCAAAGGCUUCACCGUUUCUACAGAUAAUAACCAGUUUGCUGAUCAGCCUGUUCUCGUGAGGAGCGACAGCGGGAGAACAACAGCGGCGAGGAGGGCCAAUGUGGACCUAUUGGCCCAGCACAGAGAUAGUGCCAUGCUCCGCUACAAGGAGAAGAAGAAAACCAGAAGGUAUGACAAGCAUAUAAGGUAUGAAUCUAGGAAGGCCAGAGCGGACACGAGGAAGCGGGUUAAAGGUAGGUUUGUCAAGGCUACUGCAGCUCCCGAUGGGUGAUUGUGAACUCGAGCUCAUGGACAGAUGAUAGGGACGGUGGUCCGGUCCCUCUUUGUUUUGUCUGUACAUAUUCUUUUUGCCCCCCUUUAUUUUAGGCAGAUUUUUCACACGCUAAUUGUAUAAUUUGAGCAGUCAAUGUAACAUCAGUCUAAGAUCAUGCUCGAUUUGGCAUUUCUACCUGGCUGCCAGCCUACCCCGGAGUUAGAAUGUCUAAGGCAUAUUUGGCAUUUUUUUGGUUCGGUGAAACGGUAAGAUGAUAAGAAAGCAUGCAAACUACGGUCUUGUUUGGACUUCA